GUUGUCAGUCCUGACAGUAGAAGGAAAACAAUAAUAUAACCUCAAAAAGCAUACACAACCAACAAAAUACAUUAUUUAUUUUCCAAAGAUAUAAUAAAUUACAUCGUAAAGCACAACAAAUGGCAGAAUUAAAAAUAAAGCUAGAAUUUGGUGGCGGUGCAGAGCUCCUCUUCGACAAAAUAAAGAAGCGGGAAGUAGAAUUGCCGGCAGUUAAGAAGUAUUUCCCGGACUGUCAGCGUGACAGUUGGACGAUAAAGGAGCUGUUGGUGUGGCUGAAGGAUAAUUUGUUACGCGAAAGACCGGAGUUGUUUUUACAAGGUGAUUCAGUCCGGCCCGGUAUCCUAGUUCUAAUCAACGAUGCAGACUGGGAGCUGUACGGUGAACUGAACUACGAAAUACAGCAGAAUGACUCCAUCAUGUUCAUAUCUACGCUGCACGGAGGUUAAAUAGUAAAUAAGAUUAAAUAAAUAU